CGCACGGGGCCCCGUUCAGUAAAUAGACAUUUGUGAUAUACUUUAUCAAUACAAAAAAGCUUGGUUAGUUUUCGGAAUUUUUGUAAAUUAAAUAUCUAUUAACUGCUAAGUAUUUUAUUCGGUGCGGGUGUUUUUCGAGUGUUACACGGUUACGUUUAAUGCGCGAUUUACGAUCGGUUUUCGGGUGUAUUUUACGGUCGAACUUUUGUGAAACAUGGAACUUGGAGAGUGGCGCCGUAAUAUUUUGUUACAAUUGCAAAAUAGGAACAGAAGUGAAACACACCGGUUUCAGGAUUUAAUAGCACAACAUAACAAAGUGUUCGAGAAUGCGAAUUUUCUGCGGAAUGAGAAUCUGCAGCUUUCCGUUCAAAAUGAAAAGCUGAGAAUAGAAGGCAAUGAUGGAAAACCUCUUAAUUCCACAGAGGCAAAACUGCAUGAAGAGGUUCAGCAGUUUAAACAGAAAUUUCUAGUCCAAGCCGAAGAGCUUACCGAACUUCAUAGGAGAAAAGGCGAACAUGCUCAACAAAUAAUAGAUUUGACUUCAAGAUUACAAGAACAGGACAAAUUAGUUGCAGUUAGAGAUUCCAAUUUAGCAGAAGUUCAAGCAAAAAAUCUAAGUCUGCAAGCUGAAGUAAGCAUGUUAACCCAUGCAAACAAAGAACUUAAGUAUAUCAACGACACUCUGAGGGAUGAACAUCGAACAUUACAGUUAGCAUUCAAUGUUCUAGAAGAAAAACUUAGGAAAGCGCAGGAUGAAAAUGGGCAACUAGUAGAACGACUCAUAAAGUAUAAGGCGAAAGAUGCUGAUAAAAUGAACGAAGAAAACGACAACUUUUUAAAAAAAAGAUAUGCAAAGAUGCAGAAAGAUUUAGAGGAAGCAUGUCGUGAUGCUAGUCGAGUGUGUUCAGACGACCUUCAGGAAGGCUUUGGACCUCUAAUGCAGUCAACCUUGCCAACAAAAGUGGCGGUUAAAUUUGACGCGCACGAUGGCGAAGUGAAUGCUGUAAAAUGGAGCCCCGUAGACAGAUUAGUGGCGACCGGUGGUGCUGAUAGGAAAGUGAAGCUGUGGGAUAUUUCAAAAGGUGCCCAAGAAAACAAAGGAACCAUGGUGGGCAGUAAUGCUGCAGUUAUGGCGGUUGACUUUGACACAUCUGGAUCGCUGGUUUUAGGAGCCUCGAACGAUUAUGCAACCAGAGUGUGGGCUGUCGCUGAUCAGAGAUUAAAGCAUACGUUAACUGGGCAUUCUGGAAAAGUGAUGGCGGCUAAGUUUUUAGGAGAUGCAUCUAAAGUUGUUACCGGUAGUCACGACAGAACUUUAAAAGUAUGGGAUCUACGGAGUAGAGCAUGUAUUGAGACCAAGUUUGCAGGAUCUAGUUGUAAUGACUUGGUGACUGUUGACAAUGCAGGUUCAACAAUAAUCAGCGGCCACUUUGACAAAACAAUUCGAUUUUGGGACUGCAGGUCAGAAUCCAGUGCGAACAAUAUUGUUCUAAAUGGGAAAGUGACGUCCUUAGAUUUAGCUAGAGAUACAAAAUACCUAUUAGCUUGUGUUAGAGAUGACACUCUGAAGCUGAUUGAUCUAAGAAUGAAUCAAGUAGUAAAAUCAUUUAGUUGCGAAGGUUUCAAAGUUGGAUGUGACUGGUCCCGAGCCACAUUUAGCCCUGACGGGCAGUACGUGGCAGUAGGAUCAUCAGAUGGGAGCGUUUACAUCUGGGGUGUAUCCACGGGCAAAGUAGAGACCAUCCUUAAGGAACAUGGAUCAACCUCAAUUGGACUGUUCUCCAGGUCGGCAGUGACAGCGACGUCCUGGCACCCCUACGGAAGCUAUUUGGCCACUGUUGAUCGUUCGAAAAUAGCAGUUAUAUGGGCUGGAGACUUAUAAACUUCAACCAUGAUUCCUUCUACGGAUACCGCAAUGACCAAACGCCAGUUCGCCGAGGUGCCUCCGUAGGAACAAUAAUCGAAAAUUUUUACUUUAAGAAUUUUCCAUGUAUUACCUGAUAUUAUCAUUUUUUAGCAUAUUCACAAAUAUUUUUUAUAAUACAUAGCUUUGUUACGUACAUGAUUAUUUAGCAUUAACAGAAUUACAUAUUAAAUUAGAGUUGUUGCGUAUCACAGGUUCAGGUUCUUUAAAACAUUUCAGUGCCGUCAAAUGUCAAUAAUUCAAUUUGUUCGGGUGUAAUGGUUCUAAAAUAUGAAUACGCAUUGGGUUGUAAUUACCUUGAAUUCUGAAACAUAUGUUAAGUGAUUUGUUGAAAUUGAUAUUACUUUAUAAACGGAACUGCUGAUAUAAUAAAAAAAUACAAGUAA